AAAGAAAAAGGCCGCCGGCUAACCUCUAUUGACUAUUUAUAUGGGGAGUAUGCUUGUACGGAGUAUUAGUGAUGACAAAGUAGGGUUUAGAUUAUUUGUUGUCGAUUUGGAAGAACAACACUCGGAUCGAUCGAACUGCGGCGAGGGCAACAUGUGCAAGCGAGGUCGUGAAGAGGAAGUUUACGAGUGUUGGAGGGGGAGAAAGCUGGCCUCAGCGUAUGAAUUGGCAAAGGGAAUCGAGUAUUCGGAGCCAAUGUUCACCGGGUGGAAACCCCCGCUAGGUGUUCGGCGAAUUUCCACAAAGAAACAACAAAGCUCUGCUCGGAAGCGACUGCGGCUAAGGGUGAAGGGCGAAGACAUCCCUCCCCUUAUUAAAAGGUUUGAAGAUAUGAAGUUUCCUGAGCCUAUCUUGCAGAAACUGAGGGGGAAGGGAAUAUUACACCCUACCCCUAUCCAGAUGCAAGGCCUUCCCGUAGUUUUAUCAGGGAGGGAUAUGAUUGGGGUUGCUUCUACCGGGUGUGGCAAGACCCUGGUAUUUAUUCUCCCCUUGAUUAUGAUAGCCACCCAAGAGGAGGUCAUGAUGCCUAUAUCCCCGGGGGAAGGCCCGUUUGGCUUGAUCAUCUGCCCAUCAAGAGAGCUUGCCAAUCAAACCUAUCAACUGGUUCAGGAGUUUUCAGUUGCCAUGAAAGAGGGUGGUUACCCAGAGCUGAGGUCCAUUCUCUGUAUAGGUGGAGGACACCCGCCCCUUCCCCUGCCCUUGGGUAGUGGUGUGCAUAUAGUUGUUGCAACUCCUGGAAGGUUAAAAGACAUGCUUGCCAAGAAAAGAUUGAAUCUUUACAGUUGCAGGUACAUGGCACUAGAUGAGGCUGACAGGCUUCUUGAUUUAGGGUUUGAAGACGACAUUCGGGAAAUAGUGAGUUAUUUUAAACAUCAAAGGCAGACCCUCUUAUUUUCAGCCACUAUGCCCACCCGAGUUCAUAACUUGGGUCUUAGCGCUCUGGUGAAGCCUGUUACCAUCAAUGUGGGUAGUAGACCCGGGGCAGCAAACAGCAAUGUUACUCAGAGGGUUAAGUUCGUUGAAGCAGAUGAGAAUAAGAAGCGUUAUGUUCUUCGUUGCUUGAGGAGGACCGACCCCCCUGUGAUUAUCUUCUGCAAGGACAAGGCUGUUGUGGAUGACAUCCACCUUUAUCUUCUUCAGCAAGGCGUGGAUGAUGUGGCUGCAAUCCAUGGAGGCAUGGACCAGGCUGAGAGGCAUUACUCCAUCGCUUCUUUUAAGGCCGGGAAGAAAGACGUGCUCGUCGCGACCGAUGUUGCAGCGAAAGGCUUGGAUUUCCCUAACAUUCAACAUGUAAUUAACUAUGACAUGCCUAGCGAAAUUGAGAAUUAUGUGCAUAGGAUUGGGAGGACUGGUAGAUGUGGGAAGAGAGGCAUAGCAACUACUCUUAUAAGCCCGAGCGAUGCAGCGGCGGCUUCACAUCUUCUGCUUGACUUAAAGCACCUACUGAGAGAAUCAAAACAGAGAAUUCCAUCCUUCUUACGAGAUAAAAAUGAUGAAGACUUCAAAAAAAGUGAAGGUUGCAGUUAUUGUGGCGGCCUGGGACACCAGAUCAACGUCUGCUUCAAGUUGGAGAAGAAUCAGAGAUCCCAGCAAUUUUCCAUCCACACCAUUAACAAUUAUUUUGGUUCUGGAGGGUAUAAGGCAGAAAUGUAAACCACCACAAACACUAGAGCCUUCCAUGACACAUCUCUGUAUAUAUAUUUUGUAACAGGCAGAUAUGAAUCAAACAAAUUUAACUUGUUAAAUUUCCUACUAAUUGUGGGUUCUUCUUUUGCCCUCCUGUAGUCCUGUGUAUUCUAAUCACUAUUU